AUUCGCCCCCCUUCAACUUUUCAGCCCAAUUUUCUCACUGCCGAAUCCGGAGCCGAGAUGAGGCCGAUUGACCAAUCUUUGGCGGCGGUGAUCCGAGUCUUGGCUCCUCCGGACGCUGGUAUCCGCUCUCAACGUCGGAUUGUCUCACGAAAAGUUUUCAUGCGCUGGUUCUUCUACUCACAGUUUCAGCUGCAUGUCGUUUCUGGGUUUUCUAAUCAUUUGGCCAUAAGCUAAAUUAAUAUUCUUUCUAUCGAAUCCCGUUCACUCUGUCCCAAGUAACUCGACUGGCCAGGGUUGCAGCAUGAGGCGCGACCAGGAAACCACAAAGGCCGAAAAGGCUCUUCACGACCAGACAAACAUCCUACCUCUGAAGAAACUCCUAGUUGUCUUUGCAACUCUUGCAGUCACUUUACUAGUCUCAUUUAUCGACCAAAAUGGCAUCAGUAUCACCUUGCCGACGAUUGCUGCGGACCUCAACGCGGAGGACACAAUAUCAUGGGCGGGUACGUCAUCGCUCAUCGCCAACACGACAUUUCAAAUGCUCUACGGGCGCUUCUCAGAUAUUUUCGGUCGAAAGGCCGUCUUCUUGAGUGCCAUCGGUCUUUUGUCAAUCGCCGACUUGCUCUGCGGGCUUUCGCAGAAUGCGACAAUGUUUUACAUCUUCCGUGGCGUUGCAGGCAUCGGCGGAGGCGGUAUCACGAAUCUCGCCAUGAUCAUUGUGUCCGAUGUUGUUACUCUGGAACAAAGAGGCAAGUACCAAGGAAUCUUGGGUUCAAUGGUUGGUUUGGGAAACGUCCUCGGACCAUUUCUUGCUGCAGCCUUUGUUGAGAGGGCAACAUGGAGGGCGUUCUUUUGGAUGCUCUCACCCCUCGGUGUUAUUGUCGGUGUCAUCUCAUACUUCUUCUUGCCAUCUAAGCCUCCAGAUGACGACUUUAUGAAGAGCGUCAAGAAGAUCGACUAUGCAGGCUCAUUCACCUCGUCAGCCGGCGUUAUUUUGCUGCUUAUCCCCAUUUCUGGAGGUGGCGCAUAUUUCCCAUGGAACUCAGCAAUGGUCAUCAGCAUGUUGACAAUAGGAGCACUUGCUCUUGUGUCAUUUGUAAUUGUGGAGUGGAAGUUCGCCAAGCUUCCAAUGAUGCCAGUCCCCAUCUUCAAGAACAAAGUUGUUGUUGUCCUCCUGGCACAGUCAUUCCUCUUUGGGGCAGCGUACCAGGGAUACCUGUACUACAUCCCGCUGUACCUACAGAACGCUCAUCAGUUUUCUGUCAUUCAUUCGGCGGGAAUCUACGUAUCCCUGGUAGUUUGUCAGUCCGUAUUCUCCAUCAUCUCGGGACAGUAUAUAUCUAGAACACAGCGCUAUGGAGAAGUAAUCUGGGCAGGCUUUGGCCUCUGGACACUAGGAGCUGGCCUCACACUCAUUUUCGACCGAAAUACCAAGCCUGGAAUCAUCGUCAUUCCUCUGCUGAUCAUUGGCAUUGGUGUCGGAUUCAUCUUCCAGCCAACGCUGGUUGCUCUGCAGGCGCACUCCAUCAAGUCUCGCCGGGCAGUUAUCACUUCGAAUCGCAACUUCUUCCGAUGCGCCGGUGGUGCUUGCGGGUUAGCCGUUUCUGCGGCAGUCCUCCAAGCAACUUUGCGAGCGAACUUACCUCCAGGCUUUAAGGGCCUCGCCAGCAGCACUUACUCGAUACCGCAACUGAAGGAGCAAGAUAUGUCCGCAGUUCUCGACGCAUACAUGGCGGCCAGCCGAGCUGUUUUCAUACUUCAAAUACCACUCAUUGGGUUGUGUCUGGUGGGCUGUUUGUUGAUCAAAGAUAGAGGCCUGCAUUCAAUUGAGGAGGCGAAGCCAGAUGAUACAUCCAGUGAGAGUCGGGAUGAAGAAAUGGGAGACCCGAGUGAGAAAAGCUCACACGACGGCAACCACCACAGCGACGGGCAAGUACUGGCACAGCGCACUAGUGCACCGCAGCAACAAGUCGGGAGGCCGUGAGACUACAUGUUCAUUGCAAGAUUGGGGCGAAAGACGAGAUUAGGACAAAUUGUGGACUAAUAGAUCAUGACUAAUGUGAAAAUGAUAGACUAAUAGACGAAGGAUUGGAGAUGAACGUCAAAAUACGCGUCGGCUAUCAAAACUUAUUGCUGAUUGGACACCUGAAAACCAUUCAAGGUGUGGGUAGAAUAGCCGCUUGCACAACGACACCAUUCUCUGGUGUCUCACAGCACCUCAUAAGUGUCGGCGGAAGGUCAACCCCGAUCGGGCCGGGCGGGGAGCGCAAGGAGAACUGCUCGAACGGCAAUAAAUCAGUAUCCACUCGUUUGCGCCGCGACAUACAGCUUCGGUAUGAACACCGAUGUGGCUCUUCAUAAGAAGGCCUUAACAUCUUGGCAUAAGGUGCCCUUCAAUAGCCGCCUUCUGGCCAAUGAGAUAUAUACAUCACCCUACCAAGCCACUGGGGUGACCUGAUGGAAUUAUGCUGC